AUGAAGCCGCCUUCCCCAUCCGUGCAUCUCCACACCAAAAAGGAAGGCGCCUCACCUCGGCUGCCCUUAAGCCGCCACAGCCCGCACCUUGCACGCCCAGCAUGGAGCGACACAAUUUCUCUCCACCCCCUCGCCCCUCGCCUCCUCACACGCACCCUCCGCCACGCGCCUCGUGUCGCGCCUCUCGCCACAGUCCGCCACGCGUCGACGAAGCACCCCGUCAACUUCACGCCCCCGUCACAAUCCGACCUCGAUGAGCUCCGCGAAAGCGUGCAGGACUUUGCGAGGAGGGAGAUGCCAGAAGAGCUUGCAGCGAAGACAGACCGCGACAAUGCAUUCCCCAACGACAUAUGGCGGAAGUUUGGCGAAGCUGGCUUCCUCGGCAUCACGGCGUCUGAGGAGUACGGCGGCCUGGCCAUGGGAUACCAAGCACACUGCGUUGUCAUGGAGGAGCUUAGCCGAGCGUCGGGCAGCAUUGGGUUGAGCUACGCCGCGCACAGCCAGUUAUGCGUCAACCAGCUGAUGCUCAACGGCAACGAAGAGCAGAAGAAGAAGUACCUCCCGGCACUGAUCUCGGGCGAGAGGAUUGGCGCGCUUGCGAUGAGCGAGCACUCCGCCGGCAGUGAUGUCGUGAGCAUGAAGACCACAGCGAAGGAGGUGGAUGGAGGCUAUCUACUAAACGGAACGAAGAUGUGGAUUACAAACGGCCCAGACGCGCACACUAUCGUCGUCUACGCCAAAACCGCUCCCGACGCCGCCUCCAAAGGCAUAACCGCCUUUAUCGUCGACACAGACACAAAAGGCUUCUCCGUAGCCAACAAACUCGACAAGUUUGGCAUGCGCGGCUCCAACACAGGCGAGCUUGUUUUCGAAGACGUCUUCGUCCCAAAGGAGAACAUGCUUGGCCAGCUCAACAAAGGCGUCCGCGUCCUCAUGGAAGGUCUCGAUCUCGAGCGCCUCGUGCUGUCCGCCGGCCCCUUGGGGUUGAUGCAAGCGAGUCUGGAUAACGCCCUCCCCUACACCCACCAACGCAAACAAUUCGGCCAGCCCAUCGCACACAACCAACUUGUCCAGGGUAAGCUCGCAGACAUGUACACAAAGUACCGAGCCUCGGCCUCCUUCACAUACUCCGUCGCCCGCGCUGUCGACGAGAGCCACGCCGACCCUCUGAUCAAGACCCAGGACUGCGCGGGCGCAAUCCUGUACGCCGCAGAGCGCGCGAGCGAGGUUGCCGCCGAUGCCGUGCAACUCAUGGGCGGAAUGGGCUACAUGAACGAGGUUCCUGUAGGCCGCAUACUGCGUGACGCGAAACUCUACGAAAUCGGCGCCGGGACGAGCGAGGUCCGACGCAUGGUCAUCGGGCGGGCAUUCAACAAGGAGUACAAGCAGGAUAUAUAG